AUGGUGAAACAAAUGCAUCAAAAAGCAAAGCAACAAAUGGAGAAAGUGAAUGAGAGGAGGGCAGCCCAAGCUAACAAGGGAAGAAAGAAGAUGGUGUUCCAACCUGGUGAUCUUGUAUGGGUUCAUUUGAGAAAGGAGAGGUUUCCUACACAAAGGAAAUCAAAACUUCAGCCUAGGAAUGAUGGACCUUUUGAAGUGCUAGAGAGAAUUAAUGACAAUGCAUACAAGAUAAACCUUCCAGGUGAGUAUGGUGUAAGUGCUACAUUUAAUGUGACUGAUCUUGCUCCUUUCUAUGCAGAUGAUGACAAUUCGAGGACGAAUUCUUUCGAAGAGGGAGAGGAUGAUGAGGAACCGGUUGCACCAAUUGCACAUCAAGGGCCAAUAACUAGAGCAAUGGCUAAGAAGCUUCAAGGCUUGGUGCAUAAGCACAUCACCAAGUCCAACCUCUUGCAAGUAUUCGGUUGGGACAUGGAAGAGAGAAGCCAACCUUGCUAUACAUUUCUUUGCAUAUUUGAGGAGCUAAGAGACCAAGUGGCAUCCGUCCAAGUUGGCAUACAUGUGGCAGCCACGUCAGCAAGUCCAUCCUAG